GUGGGCGGAGGCUCCAACAUGGGCAGAACAUCGUUCGGUAGGGCUGUCCUCCUCACCUGGUUGCAGGCGUCUUCAAUCGUGGUGGCAGAGGUGCACGCAGGUGGGUGGGUGUGGACGUUGUUUUUCGUGUUGGAAGGGCGUCAUGGAGGGCUGCGAUGGCGAUGCCCGUGUUGUGCUGUCAUCGAGGGAGAAGACAACUGUCGCGGCGACUGCGGUUGUCGUUGUCCGUCGUUUCCAAUUGAAGAGGGCGGCCGGGCGCAUGAAGGCGGUGCUUUCGAGGCGGCGGCAGAGGCUUCUGCUGCGGAGGGUGUUGGACGCCCCGGACUGCAUCUCCACAUCGGAGGCCGUGGUUCAGCUGUGCACUGCAAUCGGGUGGGGUUUGCUUCCUCGGGCGACGCCACCUUGGUGGUUGAGGCGGAGAACUGGCGGGACUUGGGAGGAUUUGCGGGUGUGCAAUGACGCGACAGACGACUACUUCCGUGAAAAGCUCCGCAUGUCCAGGAGAGUGUUCAUGGAGAUCAGCGAAGCCUACACGCCUCAUUUGAAACGACAGGUGACGUUUUACAGGGAACCGCUUCAGCCGGAGCAGAUCGUCGCGUACGCGCUCUAUAGGUGGGCUACAGGAGAGUCAUACGAGAACAACGCAUCAUCCUUCGGCAUAGGCAGAACUUCCGGAGUUCGAGUCCUGCGCGAUGUGACAGGUGCUUUGUUGAGGGUGUACGGGGAUAAGAUAUCGUGGCCGACUGGGCUGCGGAAACUCCAUCGAUUCUACCGGCUGGCGUCGUCGAUCCACCUGUCCUCGUUCUCGACGCGGCCACACCUGCUGUGCCCACUGCCCCCUGCCUUCGCGAAAGGACUCCACGUUCGUCGCCCGACUGACCAGAACACCAGCCGCGGGUAUCAGGAAGGCCCGACGGCGCCACUGAAGGCGGUGCGUGGUUGGUGCCGGAAGCUGGGUUCACGAGAACGGUGUGUGUGACGUCCUCUGCACUUCCAGACCUCAAACCGAAGCUGAGAUCUACGAGUCUU